AUGAGGGGUCACACCGUGCCACCCUGCACACACCAUUGGCCACAUCUCCUACCUUCGGCUACCACUGGCCGCCACGCGCGCAACUUCAGCCACAUAGCGCGCAGCAAACCACCGUCGCCCACGUUUUUGCCACAAACAAACAAACAAACAAUUUUAUUUCAUAUGACCCUCCUUACAGUCGAGGGAAAAACCACCACAAACAGCAUUCAAGUUAUGCAACACCAUACCAUUGACUCUCCACCAUUCGAUAAACCUUGCUCUCAUACUCAUCCAUUAAACAUCCCGCCAACGUUCCACCCACGCCUAACCGCCACGCCGCUAAAUCUUUUCCACAUUCUCAUUCUAACCUUCGCUCAGCUUCGCCCAUGUUGCGCCACCAUCGCCCACCUUGGGCCACCAUUAGCCACCUACGGCCUCGAGACACCGCGAAAUUGCGCGAUUGAAGGUUUCAUGCAUAUCCUUAAAAUGCGCCGCAUAAGAAAACUAUGUAUUCACUGA